AUGGCCGUCCUGUCAACGCAAUUCACCAACGACAUGGAAGAGUUGCCUGUAGGCAAUCCACCGCAAACUAGCAAGAAUCUUACAUUGUCGCGCAAAGUCCAGAGCGAGCUCAAUCUCGUUGCCAUUCAGAAGACGAGGCCCUCUCGAUCUUUUACUAGUUCUGUCGCUUCUGGCUUCUCGGGAGGAUCUGGCGACCCUUUGCCUGACGAGAUGACGAUUCUGGAGCACACCGGCAUGGAGCCAGCCACCGAAUGCGAAGCUCUUGUCGCUCUUCGGGCACUCGGCACACUUGUCGCAAGACGUCGAGGUCUAGAGGUGAACAGUUUCAAUCAUGGCCUCAUGAUGUUGUUCUCGCAGACCAGAUCGGCAGAGAAGUUGACGGCACAUGUCGAAGAGAAUGAUACGCAGACCCCACGUCAAAAAACCAGCUCUGACAAUGGAACAUACGAGUAUUUUGACCAAAGCCUUGCGCCGCGGAACACCCUCCGAAAAUUCCAGUCGCAGCCCCAACUCAACACAAACCAAAAGCAUCGCCGACAGUUCUCUUUCGAGCCUGGGGCUGACCAGCUUGAAGCACUCACGGAGGAAUUGAAGGCGCUUGAUGGAGAGGCCAAUGUGAGUGGUUCUGAUGAUUCAGACACCCCCCUUCUCAUGCGUACUGGACGCCCGGCGCUUGAUACGCGCUCAAUCAGAUCGACUUCAUCGUCCCAAACUCUGGGUGCGGACUUGGGCAAGCACUCAAAGAUUCCCAGUCCUGUGCAGACACUGGGUCGUAGCCGUCGAGCAGAUUCCGCUUCAAGCAUCCAGUCGGUUUAUGCAAGGACUCAAGACAGCCGCCGUGGGUCUAGCUCAAGUGUUAUUACGGCAUUCCGCGAAAACUCGAUCGGAAGCAUGCGACCGGAGCUUCAGAGCAGGAACAGUUCGAUCAACAGUCUACGUAUGCCAGACUCUCCGUCGGUAUUGAGGAACCAACAUAGUGGAACAGGACUGCGUAACACGCUCACGGCUAUUGCAGCAGCGAGAGCUGCAAGUGAUGCAAGUCAAUCAUCGUCACUGGUCAGCUCGAGGUAG